CCAUAAAAGAUGGACUGUAAAAAACAGUUUUCGGCCGGUUUUUUAACUGAUGAUCUGGUGGUGGAAAUCCUCUCCUGGGUGCCGUUCAAGUCCUUUUGCCGUUUCAAAUCUGUCUGCAAGGCCUGGCUUGCCUUCUCCUCUGAUCCACACUACCGUGGGAAGCUGCCAAAAAUUCCCACGGGCCUUUUGCGGGAAGGCCGUACUGGUAUUCAGCUUGUUAGCUUGUCCCCAAACAAUGAGGAAAUUGAUGGAGCGCUUACAUUCUUGCCGCACUACAAGAAAUUGGAAUUCGUGGACUGCUGCAAUGGCCUAGUUCUUUGUAAGUACAAGAGCAUCAGUAAUGUUGCAUAUACCCACUUCAUUGUGUGCAACCCGGCAACACAAGAGUGGAGGGAGCUUCCUGUGUCUGAAUCUCACGGCCACCCAUAUGGCCGAGAUGGCUACCGUUGUACAACUAUUUUGGCCUUCGACCCAUCAUGGUCGGCACAGUCGUUCUAUGUCUUCAACUUUUGGCAGAAUGUCAGCAACAGUUGGGCACGUGGUAUCAGCAGAAUUGAGGUGUUCUCGUCUGACCUAUGUACGUGGCAUGUGGACGAUGCAUGGAUAUGGAAUCACAGGAUACUGAUGGUCAAUACACCACACAGUUAUAUAGGUGGAGCGUUGCAUGUGCAGACCAGCAGUGGUGAGAUUCUUGUGGUUGAUGGCUUGCACAGAACGAGUUAUGGCAUGUCAUCCACUAAUUUUACCAUCAUCAAGUUACCGCAUGAAUGCUGCCAUCUCAUGGAUGGUUGCUUUGGCCAAUCACCGCGGUCCUUGCUGUGUGCAUUUCCAGAGGAAUGUGGACGCACGGUUGCAGUGUUUAGUCUUGAUGCUGGUAGUCCUUACAAGUGGUCUGUGAAGCAUCGUCUUAGUAUGCCUGAUGCACUUGGAAUUGGCAAUAAUAUUGAAUUCUGUGAUGAUGGAUCUUGGCUCUUGCGGUGUAGUUAUCACGUAGUCGCUCUUGACUUUGUAAGAGAUGUGCUUUUCCUCAUCGAUAAGGAGGCAAAGAAGCUAUUGGUUUACAACAUCAGCACAGGGAAACUUAGCAAGAUCAAAGAUGGUUGCCUUACUCGCACCUGGGCCUACCGUUAUUAUGUGGCAUGCUACUCAAAGCUUCCAGGCCGAGCCAUGUGAGUGAUGUAGUUAGUGGGUAGUAGCAUCUGUUGUGUGCAAUUUUAUUUGCUGGUUGCAUGCCUCUGUUUCUCCUCUUUCUGUCAUAUUGAAGA